AUGGCUCAUGGACUGCAGAUAAGAGAUGAGGAAAGCGGCUACAAUAAAAAUCUGUUUCGCAUUCCUAAGCAUUAUGAAGAAGAUUUAGAAAGAGUCUUCAUUCCUCAUGGACUCAUCCUGGACAGGACAGAACGUUUGGCUAGAGAUAUCAUGCAAGACAUGGGAAGUCAUCACAUUGUUGCGCUCUGUGUCCUUAAAGGAGGCUAUAAAUUCUUUGCUGAUUUGCUGGACCAUAUAAAAACACUAAAUCAAAAUGGUGACAAAUCUGUGCCUGUUACCGUGGAUUUUGUCAGAAUAAAAAGCUACUGUAAUGAUUCACCUGCAGAAAAAAUCAGUUUUGUUGGAGAGGAACUGUCUACACUAAAUGGGAAGAAUGUGUUAGUAGUAGACGACAUUAUUGAGACUGGUAGAACAAUGAAAGCACUGCUUUCAAAAAUAAAAGACAAGAAACCAAGGAUGGUAAAAGUUGUAAGCCUGCUUGUUAAAAGGACAUGUCAGAGUCCAGGUUACAGACCAGACUAUACAGGCUUUGAAAUUCCAGAUAAAUUUGUGGUUGGAUAUGCUCUUGACUAUAAUGAAUACUUCAGAGAUUUAAAUCACAUCUGUAUUCUGAAAGAGAAUGCCAAAGAGAAAUACAGGAUGUGA